AUGCGGAUUUCGAUAUUCGCGCUUUGCACUGUGCUGUGCUCCCGCGUACGCGCCCAGCCGUAUGCCUCUGAAAUUACGCGCAUUUCAGCUACAACAACAUCUGUUGAAAGUUUAUGGCUACUCCCAGGACCGAGUGAGGUGGCCCACCUCUACGGGAAACGCGGAUAUGACGAGAUCCUCCAGGCCAGAGACACCACUGCGACAGCCGAGUCGACUACAACAGCCGAUGCCACAACUGAUACAGCCGCGUCGGAGACAACGGAGACAAGCACAUCAGAGACAAGCAAAUCAGAGACGACCACAUCAGAGACGACCACAUCAGAGACGACUGCUUCAACAGCGGAGGCUACGACCGCAAGCUCCACAUCUGAAACUACCACAUCUACCACCGAGACAUCAGAGACACCCACAUCUACCACCGAGACAACUAGCUCGACUGCCAGCAGUUCCUCGGUGGCCGCCAGCAGCUCCUCAGCUACAACAAGUACCCCAACGUCAGCUAGCAGCACAUCAACGACGACGAGUGCUACUGCAACAGCAACCGGCUCCAUGAGCAAAGCGGAGCUAGCGGAAUGGAACCACAGGGGUAAUAUCGCAGCCAUUGUAUUUGGCGGUUGUUUUAUCGCGGUAUUCCUCGGCGUCAGCAUAGUUUACUACAUCCUUGGUCGAGCGAAGGCACGACGGAUUGCGGCUAGCCAACUGUCGAAGUCCAGUCAGUCGUACUCAAAGAUACCCUAUGUGGCCGUACAAGAACCUUCCACUGAUCUUGAGGUUAACCGCCCCUCCACACUGUACACCAACAACCCGCAGGAGCAAUAUAAUCAUGCGGUCAGCACCCCAUCAGUGUCAAAUUACAGCGACACUCUCUCCGCGGUCUCUCCGAUCACGGCGGAUCAUUCAUUUCCCAGGGAUCACAUACCGCGAGGACACCAAUGA